GUCUGAGCUGCUAAUGUGUUGCAGUGGGAGAGGGAGGAGCCACAGGGAGGGAGAUUUGGGAAGAGAAUGUAGAAGUGCUCAAUGUGUGAGUGACAGGCAGACCAUCAGGACCGCUGUGGUGCAGCUCAGAGCUUAUGUGUGUGUGAACCCAGGAUUUACUGAACGUGUGUGUGUGUGGGUGCAGUAUCAUUCACACUGACGGAGCUAUCCCGUGUGUCUCAGGGAGAAUGUAAAGUGAAUUGAAGGAUUAGAGGAGUGUGUUGUGUAUGUGUGUGUAGCACUAGUCUGGAAUACUAAGUGGAUAUGUGAUCAAAUCUGGAUCGAGCUGCAAUGCCUACGGAAGAGUAUCCAUUCUCCACUGAUGUUUUACCGCCACUGCCGGAGGACCCUGUUGGAGGGCCGGUCCUAAGCCCAGCGGGUCCCAUCAGAAACUCUGCUCUGAGAUAUUGCUCCUCACGCAGCAUGGACUCCACACACUGCAACGAGCGGCCGGUGAGCUACGGCUCCACGUCUUCAUCCGCCUCCUCCCGUGACAGUCACUGCUCGCUGGGGGGGCGGCCGGUAUUAGGCUCCGCCCCCGAGAGGGAUCAUGAUUCAGGAGCCAUCCGACUGGAGCUGGUGCCUGCCCAACAGCUAGAGGAGGAGGAGACAGGAAGACAAACACCUACACCGACCAGUCAGAGCGAUGCAGAUGUUCAGUCGCCGGAAGGACGUAAAGUCCAGUAUGUGGACCGAGUGGUAGAGGAAAUCCUUGAAACAGAAAAAACCUACGUCCAGGACCUUCGCAGUAUAGUCCAGGAUUACCUGGAGUGCAUCAGCAAUCAGUCUCUUCUGCUGCUGGGAGAUGAAGAGAGGAGUUCUUUAUUUGGAAACAUCCAUGAGAUCUACCGGUUCAACAGUGAUCUGCUUCAUGACCUGGAGAAGUGUAAUGCCAACCCAGUUGCCAUUGCAAAGUGUUUCGUAGCCAAGAGUGAAGACUUCCACAUCUACACGCAGUACUGCACAAAUUAUCCAAGGUCUGUUGCUGUCUUAACAGAGUGUAUGCGGAACAAAACGGUGGCAAAGUUUCUACGGGAGCGCCAGGAAAGUCUUAAACACUCCCUUCCUCUCGGCUCCUACCUGCUUAAACCUGUCCAGAGGAUCCUAAAGUAUCAUCUACUACUGCAUGAGAUCGCCACUCAUCUGGAGAAGGAUUCAGAGAUGUAUGAUGUAAUCCAGGAGGCCAUCGAAACCAUGCAGAGGGUUGCUUGGCACAUCAAUGACAUGAAGAGAAAACACGAGCAUGCAGUUAGACUGCAGGAGAUUCAGAGUUUGCUGACUAACUGGAAGGGGCCUGAUCUGAUUGGCUACGGUGAGCUGGUUCUUGAGGGAACAUUCCGUAUCCAGAGAGCCAAAAAUGAAAGAACCCUCUUCCUGUUCGACAAACUUCUGCUGAUCACUAAGAAACGCGAGGAGACUUACACCUACAAAGCACAUAUCCUGUGCUGUAAUUUAAUGAUGGUAGAAGUCAUUCCUAAAGAGCCCCUAAGCUUCACCGUGUUUCACUACAAGAACCCCAAACUUCAGCACACUGUGCAGGCGAAGUCUCAACAGGACAAGAAAAUGUGGGUCCUGCAUCUAAAACGGCUGAUCCUUGAAAACCAUCCUGCCAAAAUACCGGCCAAGGCUAAGCAGGCCAUUCUGGAGAUGGAUACUGCAAACCACCCAAGUUUUAACUACAACUCUGAUGACAAGAGAGUGAACACUAAAGAGGGUCCUUCGCCCCGGAGAGUGCGCAGGAAGACAGAGCCCUUAUCUAAGUUAUUGAAAAACUCCAAACAUAUAAUAUCUAGUCCAGAUAUUCCGAAGCGUUCUAGUUUGGGAGUCACUCUGUUAUCACCUGUUGCCCAUUUGGGUAGUAUUGGCCGAUCCCGUAGCCUUGUCAGCGAAUCACAGGAAUCUCUAGACCCUGGUGACCACAGUGAUGUUGACGACGAGUCCCAUCCACAGGAUGCUGAUGAUGAGGACGAUACUGGUCUGAGUUCUGGGGGCAAGCUGAGAGUACCAGGGAAGGGCAGCCGGAAAAGACUGAACCAGCAAGUGUCAGUGGACAGCAUUGACCAGUGGAGAAACCACAACCUUACUCAUGCAGACCUACAGACUGCUAAAGAGUCCCUGCAAAAUAAGGUGAUCACACCCCCUAUCCUACGGGUUACUGCACCUCCAGAAGGAGACAGAGAUGAACGCUACUCUCGCAUGCUAGGAACUGGAGAGGAACCUUCCUUCCGCAACAUAUGGACAGACCAUCGAGUCCGGAGGACUAUGUUUCCAACUCGUCAAAAGAGUUUUCAAAUUGAUGAUGAUGAAGACAUUUAUCAGAUGUUCCUGCCAGCAGAGAAUGAUGCAAGGAGUCAUGAUGCUGAGAGUGACCAUGAGACUGCUGACCACCCAGAAAGACCCUGUAGCUGGCAUGUUGAACAAACUAAAACACCACGCCUAGACCUCCCCACAAGCAGAAGCAGAAUUCUUCGCAGGGCCAGCAGUGUUGGAGAAAACCAAAGUGAGCGACAAAGCCCUACCAAGCAUGCCCUACAAGAAGAAGAGACCACCAACCAGACUGAGUCUUCAAGCAAUGAAAUCUCAGGGUCAUCUUCUGCUGAGCAGUUAACAAUUGAUGAUAUCGAGAAUGUUUAUGACAACAUUAGUUAUGAGGAGCUUCAGGCCAUGGGGCUUAUCCCCAAGGAUCAAGUUAACCAUGGAGACUCUGAGGUAUCAGAGGUCAAGUCUAGGAUAGCACCACAAGUUAUAAUAACUCCGACUGAAACUGAGAGUUCAUGUGAGAGCAAUAGGUCUUCUGGUCAAAUCGGGGAGCCACCUGAGACAUGUGAACUGCAAAUUGUUGAGGAUGAGGAGAAUGUCUAUGAUACCAUUGUCUUCAAAGAGCAACCAGUCCUUGCAGCUGAGAUGUAUCAGGUAAACCCAGAGAGUUUGCAGACAUCGGAAGUAGAUCUCAUGGCUAGCCAGAUUUUAGGAGGGUUUGCAUCUGAGGAAAAACUCUGUCCUACAAAUAAGACAGAGGUUGAACAGCUUCAUAUUUCCUCUGCUGCAAUUUCUGACACUGAAGCAUCGCAGCUUUCCACAGCUGAACAUACAUUAGAGCAAGUGGAUGAGAUCUGGACGGAUUUGGAAAACUACAUCCGGAAUAAUGAAAAGAAGCCAGAUAGACUUCCAGCUGCAUUUCCUGUAAAUGCAACAGACACUGCACGUAAAACACAGGACUCCAAAAAAGUACAUGCUACCCCACACAAAGUACACGACUCUCCACGAAAAACACAUAACUCCCCGAGUAAAGAGAACAGGCUGCAACAAAGAGCUAGUGAUUCCCAAUGCAAAGCACAAGAAUCUCCAAGAAAGAAAGCCCAUAAGUCAAAUGAUUCUCCAUGUAAAUUACCUUUAAAAACGGUCCCUGUUUCUGCUGCAUCUGGGUCACCUAACCCACCAGCCUCUAACCCCUCUUCAGCUCCCCAGAUCCCUAUCCUCAACAUUCCCAAAAUUGUAGAGUCUAGGUUGGAUGAGAAAGACGAAGCAUCUUCUCCUGCAGCACUCCCUCCUCCCCCUGAGCCUCAACCUGGUACAGUGAAAAGCAUCCGCAAUAAACUUGCAAGAUUAAGCAGCGGAAGCUUCAGAAUGGAUGAUGAGGAUAUCCCUUCACCAAAGGACUCAGAGCUCCAGACCCUGUUUAGUAGCAUGGACUCAGGCUCCUCUAGUAUGCUGCUGAGUGUGGAAGCUGGGGACCAGUUUCUUGACCUUGGAGAGAGGGGCAAGAACAGAGUGUUCCUCAUGGCUAGGCAGUACAGUCAGAAGAUCAAAAAGGCCAACCAGUUACUGAAGAUGAAGAGCAUGGACCAUGAACCAAGUUGUGCUAAGCUAAGGCUAAGCAAACAGAAAGACUUGGCAGCCAUACUGGAAGAGAAGAAACAAGGUGGCACUGCAAUAGGUGCAAGAAUAGCAGAGUAUUCUCAUCUUUAUGAACAGGUGGUUUUUAAAGGUUCUCCAACCACUACGCCAGUGCUGAAAUCAUCUAUCAGUAUUGCCGGCCCCCAUCCACUUUUCCCUAGCACCAAAUCCUCCCCUUCCCUUUCUGAGAGCUCUACCCAAGAGUCUGACUGGAUGAACUGCACAUACAGUAAUGGAGAACUUGCUGAUUUUGUACCUUGGCCUGCAGAAACAACAGUAUGCACUUCAACCCCACAGAGAGGACUGGCACCUGCGAGUUCUACUCCUGCUUUGAAGAACCUCCCUCCUACGCCGAGUACUCCACCCAAUCAGCGUUGGAGUGCUUGUGUGACACCAAUUAAAGAUGACUCUGAUCACAUUUACAGUUCAAUUGGACCACGUAACGCCAGGGUGUCACCCUACGAUCGCUGCCAGUCCUCAUCUUCACUGAUAGACCAGACCAGAAAAGAGAAUGGCAGGGGUCCAAGUAAUCAGGUGUGGGAGGUCAAAGGAAACGAAUCAAGGACACACAUGCCACGGCAGCGCAGCCUCCCAGAUUGCCCCAUCCAGGGGACUUUAGACGUUACAACGCCAUGCGAUAUCACACUGCGGGACUCACAGCAAAUAUUGGUGCUCAACAAAAAGGUGCCACUGAAUGCUCAAAGUGCCACUGAGAAUUAUCUGGCCAACUUUAAAGACACUGGAGAUGAUGACGAUGACUAUGUAGAGAUCCGUUCUGAAGAUGAGGGUGUGGAGCAGAAGCAUGAAAUUGCUCAGACGCACAAUCUGCCUGGAACUGCAGUAAAGUACUGUAACCCACCUCAAGGCAGCAUGCAAACCCUUGUAAAAGGACAGCAGGUUUCCCCUAACCCUGAGAUGGCUCUGCAGGGAUACUUGUGGAAUGAUCCGGACUGCAGCCAGCAAGGUGUGAAUGAGCCCACUAUUGUCCAGUCAUUGAGGGAAAAGUUCCAGUGUCUCAGCUCAAGCAGUUUUGCAUAAGAAGCAGCAAAGAUGGACAAUAUGUCACAUACUUACCACAAAGGAAGAAAUGAGACACAUCAAACUUAAACUUCCACAUGGAACAUGUUACAGAGCUUAAAGACACAACACAAAGCACAAGACAUACUACAUUUGAACUCUAAUUCAUUGUACUUUACAGAGCUAAAUGUACUCAACAACAUACAACUUGUAAAUUAUGGAUUCAGCAUUAUUCUGCUCAUCUCUACACUUGAAUUCAGUUAAACAUUGUAUUAUAUAUCCAAUCAGAACACUGUACACAACAUCUGAUUUAUCUCAUCUUCUUAUGUUAUCUCGUUUUCUUAAUAUGAAGAACCAAUAAUUAUAUCCCAUGAAAAUUCAUGUACAUGUCAGAACAUGUUUUAAAGGGGGGGUGAAAUGCUCGUUUUCACUCAAUAUCCUGUUAAUCUUGAGUACCUAUAGAGUAGUACUGCAUCCUUCAUAACUCCAAAAAGUCUUUAGUUUUAUUAUAUUCAUAAGAGAAAGAUAGUCUGUACCGAUUUUUUCCGGAAAAACACGAGCGUCUGUAGGCGUGAUGUGUGGGCGGAGCUAAAGAAUCAUGAGAGCCAGUAGGCUUUUGCGCUGAUAGCGUUUGGAAGCUGUGACAUUACCUGAGGACAAAACCAACCAAAACAAACCAUUGCUAACGGUCAGAUUCAGCGUAUAUUUAUGAUCCAGAGGCUGAAAUUUAACAGGAGCAGCAGCAACAACAGCGGCUCUAUGUGGUAUGUACUGAAACUGUAUAUAUAUUUGCUUAGCGGUUUUGGAAAAUGAUUAAGUUCCACUUUGUGUUUUUUUUUUUUUUUUUUUUUUUUUUUUUUUUUUUUUUUUUUUUAAGCUGUACAUGUGGAAAGUGCAGUUUGAUGACAACAUCGCAUGUUGUUUACUUGAUGUGCUUACGCGCCGAUAGCUAAGUUAACAACACAGAGAUAUUUGAAGCCGUUUCACUCACCGCAUGCGGUUCCAACACACGAUUGUGACCCUUUUUCGUUGGGACUGCAUUAUCCUUAAGAAAUAAACGAUGUGCAAAUCCGGCAUCAAACUGGACCUUGUUUGUAAAACAAGCAUCUUCGAAAUACAGGGGAACAAACACAAACACUUACACAACUCCGUUGAUGCUCUGUAAAAAUAAACUCCAUCCACUGGUCCCUUAAUGCUGUUUCUCUUUUGGUAAUCUGUGCAGGGUUGUCUUGCCCUGGCAACCAAAAACACACUCCUUUUGUGAGAUUUCGCGACGCUCUUGCUUUGAUCAGUGAAGUCUGUUGUGCUCUCAGUGCUCUGCUAUACGGGAGCGCGCGCUCUUCCGGCAGAAGUGCCUUAGGACCCAUAUAAGGAAAUUCCGCUCCAUCUAACGUCACACAGAGCCAUACUCGAAAAAAACUUUCCGAAACUUGUGACAAACGGGAAGGAGUAUUUUUGGAACAGAAAUACUCCUUCAAUCAUACAACUUAAUUUUUGAAACUUUGUCCAUGUUUAGCAUGGGAAUCCAACUCUUUAACAGUGUAAAAAACUCAGUAUGCAUGAAAUAGCAUUUCACCCCCCCUUUAAGAAAGACACACAUUGGCUACAUGGGCUUUAAUGGCAGGCACUUAUUUCUCUCUAAAGCUGUUACAAUAUUCUCAAACUACUGGUUAUAAUAUUCUAGUACAUGUAUAUAAAUGUUGACAUACAAGCUUUAAGAUAAGCCACAUACGCUGCACAUUAAUGGGGAUGUUAAUUCAAUUAUACGCCAUGAUUUCUGUGUGAACAACAGUUCCUUAAACCAAUAAUGAAAUAUUUUCCUUUUAAUUGUGUAGGAGUUAGUCAAUUUGGUUUUGUAGGUGGCUGCAUCUAGAGGAAAGUAUGCUAACAUCAGCCAGUGACCAUUCAGUGUGUAAUUUGUAAUAUUUGCAUGGCACAUUUUUUCGGGUCCAGGAAUACAUAGAAUCCAUAUAUAUUUUACCAUGCUGUACAUUAGGUAUAUAUAUAGGUUUAUCAGUCUGUAAAGUCAUAAUAAGUAUACUUAAAAAUGUGAUCUGUUUUUUCUAAAAUAUAGUUACAAUCAGCCAUGCCUCGGAAAUAAGCACAUCAUCAGUAAUUAUGGCAUAAAAUAACUUAUACUGCUUUUAGAUGUAAUUUUUGCUAGCAUCAUUUCAGGUACACAUCUUGUAAAUGUAAUUGGCAAAAAAGACAAGACAAUUUAAUUUAUAGUGUGUUCAUUUUAGGUUAAUCUGAUUGUGUUCAGGGACCAUGGUGGAUAUUAAGGAGUUUGAGGUGUCACAAAUGUACUGUAAUUGGAUGUAAAUUUGAGUUUAAUACUGUGUUGUCUGAUCAUUUAAUUGUUUAGUGUUUAAAAUAUUCAGCAUUGGCUGUCCCCACCCUGUCUCUGCCUUUAAACUACGCACUGUUUGGCUCACACACUGUCUGUCAUCCCAAAGAUUUAGUGAUUUUCACAGCACCUUUCAGUUUAUUUUACUUAUUUUUUUACAUCUGGGAAAAAUGUUAUUUACCCCCUGUAAUUAAUUAUGUUUUGAAUGGUGGUUCAGCUGGCAUGAUUUUCAAAUGUGCUGUUAAUAGAGUCUCUGAGUCAAGUCUCUUUCAUGAGCAAUGUUCAAAGAUGUUACUUUAAAAUGUUACAUUGAAAUCUCCUAUAGCCAAGAUCUAUUAAGUACCAUUGUAAAUAAACUGAAUUUAAAUAUGGAUGGAAGCUUUGAGAGAAUGAAGUAUGUUUAUAUAGUUUUUCUUUCACUUUUAUUUAGUUGUACAUUUUUUUGUGUGUUUCACUGGUUGGGACUGUUAUCAAGUUGAAUUGUUACUGUUGCACUUUCCCUCCUUUUAAACAUUCUGUUUGUAAAGAUUUUAAUUUUAAUGAAUGUUGCCAUUACCUAUUUCAGUGGUAUUAAGUUGUUGCCCUUUUUUCUUUCUUAUAUAAAACUGCCUAGUUGUAAUUGGUCAAAGAUGUAAUGUAGGCAACAAAUAAACAUUCAAUUGAAACAAAA